AUGGCGAAAGACAAAUCCAUCUUGCCAGUGUCAUCCAAGGCCAUUGACCCUUCAUUGGCAGCUUUAUUCUCGGAAAGCGCUGGAGCGGUCAAAGCACCUCCCAAGUCGCGGUACUCAGAGCUACUUCGACCAAAGCCCCGCGCAGCUCUCAGGGGCGAGGAGGAAGAGGGAGACGAGGAAAGUUCGGGUGACGGAUCUGAGAACUUCGCAGAAGAAUUAGGAAAGGAUCUUUCAGAUGACGAGGAGAAUCCAUCUUCUACGAGCGAGGAAUCUGAAGCCGAAGAUGCCAGCGACGGUUCCAGCGCGGAAAAUGAGGUAGAAGCGGCGGAAGUUUUAGAAGCAUCCAUCUACCGCGGGCAGUCUCAGGACGAAGGGCGCAAGCGAAAACGGAAGCGUCGAGAUGGUGACGAGGACUUAGAGGCCAACUACCUCGAGCGCUUAAUGAACGAAGAGGAGCCCUCUGUGAAGCGUCGAAGAGAGAAAGCACCAGUUACGGAAGGCGAAGAUGGCGACGCCAUCCAAGGCAAUGCAAAGGAUGCGGUUGAGAGCGAGGCCGACGACUCAUCAGCUGACGAACUGCCCGUUCACGAAUCUCUCUCAGCCGAUCCUGUAGCAUCGGAGCUCGAAAAGGCAAACCGCACAGUAUUCCUCAGCAAUGUUUCUGUUGAGGCAAUCACGUCGCGGAAGGCGAAGAAGAUUCUCUUGAAUCAUCUGAAAUCGGUCCUAGACAAAAAAGCAGACCCGCCGCAAAAGGUUCAAUCUUUACGUUUCCGCUCGACCCCCUUUUCGACCACAGCUCUGCCGAAGCGCGCCGCCUACAUCAAGAAGUCUGUUCUGGAGGCCACCACAAAGUCUACAAACGCCUAUGUCGUCUACAGCACCAACGCGGCUGCGCGACUUGCGGUGGCGCAACUCAACGGGACCGUGCUCCUGGAUAGGCAUCUUAGGGUUGACAGCGUUGCUCAUCCAUCGCCUGUUGACCACCGGCGCUGCGUGUUCGUUGGCAAUUUGGGCUUUGUCGACGACGAGACAGUACUCAACGUCAAGGUGGACGAGCAAGGCAAACAAGUAACUGAGAAGCGAAAGCGCACCAAGACGCCCAUGGACGUGGAGGAGGGACUGUGGCGGGUGUUUGGAGAGCACGCUGGCAAAGUAGAGAGUGUCCGUGUUGUUCGAGACCCCAAUACUCGCGUGGGCAAAGGCAUCGCCUACGUACAAUUCUACGUGAGUUAUAUCCUUCCAAUGUCUCUCUCCGCAUCUAAACCAUCCUCGACUAACAAUGACAUUCAGGACGCCAACGACGUUGAGUCCGCCAUCCUGCUCAACGGCAAGAAAUUCCCUCCCAUGCUUCCGCGCGAGCUGCGCGUCAGCAGAUGCAAGGCGCCGCACAAGACUGCCAGAGCGAUGGAAGCCCGCAAGGAGAGGACCGGCCCCCUAACCGACCGCAAGGAUAAGAAAAAGAACAAGGCCGCCGGUGACGGCGGCAAGAACGCCAGCAAAAAUACCGUGGACGACGCAGGCAAGUACGUCCCCAAGCUCGCAGCCGAAGCGCAGACGCUCGCCGGCCGCGCGAGCAAGCUGCUCGGUCGGUUCGGCGCGGAGAAGCUCGUCGGCAACGCCGCCCGCGGCAAACCGGGGAGGAAAGAGCGGCAAGCGCGGCGCGAGAUGAAGACGCCGCAUGACGAAGACGGCGAAAGGGACAAGGAUAGGCCGACCACGACCACGACCACGACCACGGCCAUCGCCGCCGCCAUCAAAGCGCCAGAGGACUUUGUGUUUGAGGGCCGCCGCGCGAGCGCUCGCGACGGCCGGCCAAAGGACCUCAAGUUCAAGCCCCGAGCCAAGGACAAGGUGCACAAGAAGACCAAGACGAAGACCAAGGCCAAGGCGAAGACGGCGGGCAGGGGAGCGGUCCGCGCCGCGAAAUGGAGGGCGACGCAGAAAGGGGCCGGCGGGGGAGGAUCGAAGUGAAAAAAAGUCAAGAUGG